GUUGGCCACAAGCGCGGCGGCUUUGGCUAAAUGUUGCACUUUACAUCUCGACGUGCUUCCUGGCAGCUUGUUUCUCGCCUACUUGUAUUUUUGUUUUGCUUUUUAAAAAGCACAACGCAAAGUCAACAUGGUCCGGCUACACUGAAAAGCAGCUAAUAGGCAGGAUCGGCGGUCCGAGGAGUGAACAUUCGCCAUGGUCCAUUUGACUGACCCUCACCGGAACGGACCGGGAUGUGUUUUGCCAUGGUGAUCAUUUGCAAGAAGAGACCGGAGAAGGGCGGCGACAAUGUAACGUCGAAAAGCACACAUUUGGGCCCGUUCCAGGCGCAGACCAUGAGCCAGGGGACCACUCUCUUCUCUCGUGAACUAACGGAUACAAGGCAAUGGUGCGAGGCGGCACACGGCUGCGCCUCGCCUCAGAGCCCGGUCGGCACGAGCCUGGAGAGUCUUUGGGACGUGCUGCCCGAGGUGCACCGGAGCACCGCCCACUGGGGUUGGGAUGUGGGCUCCACGUCCAGCACCAUCAGCAGCCUCCUGCAGGACCUCAGCCUGACAGAGGCCGCCGCAUCCUCGCUGGUGGUGGCGCCGCCCAGCAAGCGUCAGUGCCGGUCUCUCUCCUGCUCAGACGAACUGCACCGGUCCAGCUGGCGACCCCAGGGCUCCAGAGUGUGGACGGCCGUGGAGAAGAGGAGGUGCCACAGUGGCGGGAGCGUCCCCCGAGGCGGCAUCGCUCAGACGGGCUUCCAUGCCAUUCAGCGCAGCAUCAGCUUCAGCCUUCCCGCUGCCCUGGCCCAGCCCCUCUUCCUCUCUCACGAACAGAUCUCAGAGCCCGACGGGCCUUCGCUGGUCAGCUCGCGCGACUCCACCCCUGAGCUGGAGCACCGAGGCGGUCCGGGGGGUCUGGCCCGUAGCCGCUCGCAGCCCUGCGUCCUCAACGACAAGAAGAUCGGGGUCAAGCGUAGGAGGCCGGAUGACACGCAAAGGCCCUCGCUGGAUCUGGCAAAGAUGACUCAGAACCUUCAGAACUUCCACAGCCUCAGCUGCGCAGGAAUCACAGGCCAGUCCGGACACAGCGAGGACUCUUCUUCCAAUACCAACACUUACGACGACGUUACACCUGUGACCAAGCACGACCCGCCUGGCCUCACCAUCCAGGAGGCAGACCAGAUCUCCACGUACCACAAAGAUAAGGCGCCCAUGUGGACGGGCUUUUGUAGCGCUGGAAAGGAUGCCUAUCUGCUCGGAGGAGAGUUGGACAUUGAGCAGAUCGAGAGGAAUUGAGACAGACUUGAGUCUUACGGACAAAACAAGUUAUGCACUCAUUAUUGGAGGGAGUAGUCUUAAGGCGCCCCCUCCCCCCCAUGUGUGUCUCAGGAGGCAAGGCAAUCAGGAAGAGUCAAAUCUCGAGAUGAAAUACUAACAAGUCUUUUAACGUUUUUUUUUUCCGUAAACCUUCAGUGUACUAAAUUCAGAGAGAAUUUGCAGCAGGCUUAUACAAAUUCUCUGUCGGGGGAAGUUGGACGACCCGACAGACUGAGAUGGAAACACGGGUGCUACUUAGAAAAAAGCUUUUAAUGACGCAAACCAUGACAAGAAAACCUGGCUUUUCUCCAAGAUCAACGCAAGAUAUUUUAUGAUGCUAAUAGCAUUAAUAUUUUACAAUUUGUAACGACAACGUGAUGUAAAAAGUUAGUAUUUCUAUACGAAUAAAAAUAGUUUUAAAUGUG